AGUGCUGUGCGCCCUCUACACGUGACGCAAAUAGGAACUACUUUGCAGUCCAUUGCGUUUGUUUUGGUCUAGUUAACCGGUGUACUCUUUUUGUUUCGGAUUCUUUAUAACUUAUUUUUUUAGUAGUUUAUCGAGAACUAUGGGGGAUAUUUUAGAUGACUUUGUGAGACAGAGCAGAGAAACGUCUGAUUCUGUGGAGCAUUUUAUGACAAUUUCUGAGAGCGACAAACACUGGCAAGCUAGGAGAGAAUUUAUCUUGAGAUAUUUCGCUGAAUAUGAAAGAAGGGGGGAAAUUGAGUCCCUUUUAGGCCUGUCGAUGGUUUAUGCAAACCACGUUUUUCUUGGAUGCCAGUACAAUGAAGUAGUUCUAAAAAAAGUGAAGAAGAUGGCUGAGGGGAUAGAAAUAGAAGAUGCACCACAGUUUACUACAAGAGAUGAAAUAAUGAAACGGAGUCAUCAAUGAAGUAUGACACAGAAUCCUAAAGAAGACUCCAUAUAACCUUCUCUGCAAGCCUUCGUGACUGACAUGCCUUACAGAUUGAACUCUGAAUUUAAGGAAGACUGCAUUUAUGGACUGUAUUUUCAUUCGGCCUAAUCCAAGAUUACAGACAUAGCCCAGACUAUAUUUUUAAGCUGUAAUUGUUUCUGAUAUUUUGGGGGAGUUGCUUAUAAUGCACCAAGCUAUUUAACCUAUUUUGUUGUCUGAAAAUGUGAAUAAAGUACGUUUCUUUUUGA